AUGCAUAAGCUAUCGGUGGUGGGGAUCUGUGAACCCAAAUUAUCUAAGGAUGAAGUUGACUCUAUUCGCUUGCGCUUAAACUUUGACUUUGUUGUGUGUAACUCGUCUGGGGAUCUGUGGGUUUUCUUUAGAACACCUUUUGCUAGUCAGGUGGUUGGGGAGUCGGAUCAGCAUCUCUCUAUUCGUUGGGUGCACCCUCAGUUUCCUACCCCCAUUAUAGUCUCUUUUGUUCAUGCGAAGUGCCUGGUGCCUGAUCGGCAGCAGCUCUGGGAGGGCUUAUUGCGGGAUAGGCCAGCGCAAGGGUCAUGUUUCACUUGGUGUAAUAAUAGACUCGGGCGUGCCCGCAUUUGGAAGCGUUUGGAUAGACUAUUAAUCAAUGAGGAGUGUCUAAACUUCUCCUUGUCUAUCUCUGUGUCCCACUUGGUACGGGCUCCUUCGGAUCACGCCCUUCUGUUGCUCUCUUUCGCUCCUAAGCUCGCCUAUCGGUGUCGUUCUUUCCGUUUUUUGAACGUUUGGCCUUCCAAGGAGAGGUUUUUGGAUGUGGUCAAGGAUGCAUGGCAGACUGAGGUCUACGGCUCUCCUUUCUGUGUGAUCUGGGGGAAGUUGAAGAAUGUAUCCCGUGCUCUUCACUUAUGGAACAGGCAUGUAUUUGAUGAUAUCUUUGAAAAUAUUAAAAAGGGAGAGGCGGUGGUGGCGGCAGUGGAGCUUAGGGUACAGUCCGACCUAUCCGAUGAGGCCCAUAUGGAGCUUCAGCGGGCCCAGGCUUCUCUGCAUAGGCUGUUUGCUGUGGAAGAGCAGUUCUGGAGCCAGAAAGCUAGGGUUAAGUGCAUGAAACAUGGGGAUCUGAAUUCAAGAUAUUUUCAUUCAGUGGUCAAACAACGUCAUUUUCGGGCAACAAUUCAUGGGGUGAUGGACUCAAGGGGGGAAUGGGUGAUGGAUCCUGACGAGAUAGGGCAGGAAGCUGUCAAUCAUUUUCGUCGCCUAUUUUUAGCCGACCCAGUAUCUGAUUUCCAACUUCUUUAUAUGAUCCCUGACUUGAGCGCUGAGAUUGAUAAUGUAGGCUUGAAGGCGGCCCCCUCGUUGGAAGAGGUCAAGAGGGUGAUUUUUGAAAUGGAUGGUGAUAGUGCCGCGGGGCCUGACGGGUUCUCGGGGAAAUUCUUUACAACUGCAUAG